GAAGCUCCAUCACCCACUCUCUCCCUCAUCAGCAGCGUCUCUUUAUCAAAGACACGCAUCACCAACAGCAUAAUCCUUUAUAUCUUCACCAAGACAGGCUCUCGAGAACACAUCAUGUGCGGCCCAGAAACAUCCAACAGGCCUCGCGGAGGCGCACUCGCUGCCCUCUGCUCGCUCGACGCCGCCGGCCACGCAACAACCUGCGGCGACCUCGCCUUUCACACCCCAGGCCUGCCCGAGAGCAACGAGGCGACACACGUGAGACUCAUGCCCGACGCCGCCUACGAUGCAAGAACGCUAGCAGACCUCUCUGUGGUGAUUCACUCAAGCGGUGACCCGAGGACGAGGAUAGAGGACUGCGGCACGUUUACGAGAUUCGGCUUCCCCACGACAGCGAAAUCAUUUAGCGAGACGCAGGCAUUUGUUGAGCUUCCCCUCAGCAAGCCGCUUCUGCUCGAGGUUGGCAACGAGGGCAUCAUCGGGCGACGAGUCUCGCUGUACGCUGGGGCGUCCCCUAGCAGAGUCGUCGCCGAGGGCAUCGUGGGCGUCAACUUUCUCAGGACGGCCCAGCCGUCUCUCGGGAUGGUGCAUGAGUGACGGACGGGGCCAUCAAGGUUGUGAUGCGACUUUGCACCUUGAUGGACGACGGGGGGAAAGGGGGUCGGAUGAUGGGCCAGGAGGAGGCUUGUUGCAGGGCACUUGCUGCGCGGGUCCGAAAGAGGAGAAACCGGUGGCAAA